CCAGGAGAUAAAGGAUUCUCUAGCACUUUCACAGGGGAGCGAAGACCAAAGGAAGAUCAGGUGUUUGAAGCUUUAGGAACUACAGAUGAACUGACGUCAGCAAUUGGGCUGGCGAGGGAGUUCUGUGUUGAGCAGGGUCACCCUUUUGUGGGGGAGCUUGACAAGAUCCAGAGUGUGCUGCAGGAUGUUGGAUCGAACAUUGCCACCCCAGUUUCUUCAGCAAGAGACAGCCACAUAAAAAAAACAAGGUUUAGUGAGAAGCCUGUCUCGGAUCUGGAGCAUUGGAUUGAUAAAUACACAGAUCAGCUACCUGCCCUGACCAAUUUCAUCUUACCUUCAGGAGGGAAGAGCAGUGCUGCCCUACACCUGGCCAGAGCAGUCUGUCGGAGAGCGGAGCGCAGUGUGGCUCCGAUCGUACGAGCAGGAGAAGCUGACCCUAGUGUUGCUAAAUAUCUUAACAGGCUUAGCGACUACUUGUUCACAUUGGCCAGGUUUGCAGCUAUGAAAGAGGGAAAGGAAGAGAUGGUUUACAGAAGAACCAUGGAGGAAUAAAAGCAGCAGGCUGAUAAGACCAGUGGAUGAGCCAUUGUUCAGCCCCCCUGCAAGGAGCAGCAGUGUGUUGAGCCUGUCCAGUGGAGACCUCAGCCUUAUCCCCACACCUCAUUGUCUGGAAUAUAUGGUCUGGCUCUCUGGUAGCUGAUGUAACUGUACAGCUGAAUUAGAUUUGUAAAUAACUUUAAAUUUAUAUAUAUAUAUAUAUAUAUAUAAAUACUGUACAUUUCCCAAUAAAUACAAUU